UCCCUCGUUGCAUCUGGUCAGAUCGGGCGAUCUAAAAAACCGCCCGAUUGGCUUUUGAGCUGGGGAGAAAAUUUAUCGUGUUGUGUUUUGUUUCAUCUCCUCCUCGAGACGCGAAUCUAUGUGCGGCGAUGAUUCGCGACGCGAUUGUUUGCGUGUAGAGGCGACGUUCCGCGAUACACGCAUUUAUUAGUGCUUCUCUGUGCGUUCGAUCGUACUUAGGUUUUCAUCAUAAUCAUCAUCAGCAGCGGCGCGAUGACGACCGAGAUCCCGAAGGUGGAAUUCGCCCUCGGCAGCGAGGUGUCACCCGGUCGCUUCUUCAAGAGCGCGUUCGCGCGCAAUUUUAUUAGCAGUGGCCGCGACUGCAAGUCCUUGGAUUACGAGCUGCUCGAUAACGCCGUUGUGAACCAGCGGGAUGAUCGCAACAACAAUACCCGGAACAACAAUUUCUUCUCGCUUGUGACUUUCGCGGAUGACAAGCCGAUAAACGAUGGCGGCAACGACGCCGCCGUUCUCUGGGAGCAGCCGAAGCCGAAAAAUCAGGCGGCACAGUCAGCUGCAGAUGCGAACGAAUUGGAGAAACUUCGAAAGCAAUGCCAGUUGCUGAAAAAGGAAAACCGGAGGUUGCAGAGCGCCUUUCUGCAAAACGUCUUUCUUCAAGCGCGAGUCGACACGCUCCAAUGGCAGGUCAAACAGGUCGAAUCGAACAGGCAAAUGUAUCGUUCUACGAUGGAGCAGGUCGCCCAUUUCUUGGGCCGAGUUCACAGGAGCCUGGAGAUCCUUCACUCCAAGGAAAAUUCCAAGGAUAAGAGACGCGUACCGCGUAGUCGCAGCGUGCACACGGUGGUGCACGCGGAUCCGUCACCGAACCGGAGUACCGCGACGCCGUCAUCCUCUUCGUCGACAUCCUCGCCGUUCACACGCGCCAAAUCUGUCACGCAGAUCAGCUCACCGAGCGCUGUCUGCUUCCGCGAGUUCACCUGGUCGGUUCUGCGGAGGAACGACCCGGUGCACUGCACAUCGCCACGUGCCAAGCCACCGCAGGAUCUCAACAAGACGAACGACCCCGUUCCCGAUAAUGUCGUUUAUCGCGAACCCAAGCAGACGGAAAUGAAUCCGGACGAGAUACCGCCGGAAAAGCUGUCUCAAGAGGCGUUUAGGUUACUGAGAACUGUCGAAUCCUUGUUGGCGAUGCGAGAGCCCGAUCUCGCGCGAGUGACGCCGAUCGAGGACAACGGAUCCUCCCCGUCCCCGACAGUGGACCAUCGUCAUCACGAUACAUCUCUAUCCCUACCGAGCGGUAACUUUGCCAAUUCGACGAUGCUGCAGGAGGCUGCCUAUAUUCCCGACAGCGGACAUGGAAACGAAUCGAUCAGCAGCGGUCAGCAGGACGACAGCAGAUCGACAAGCCUUAUCAAACCUUCCGUCACCGAGUUCACUCGAUCCUUCGUACCGGGCGUGAGAAGAUCACCCGACACCGCCUCCUGGAACUCAAGUAGCAGUAAAACGACCGAGGAGGAGGACACCGUCGCGCUUAUCACACCGUCUAACGGAAUUACGUCAAAUAGCACGCCAACCUCGACUCUCACUCGAACCGCGAAGCGGCUAGAGAAGAAGGAAUCUAAUCAGGGUAAUUCUAAUCCUGGCAAGACUAAGGUAAAGCCGGCCAGCAGUCCGGUGAGCAGCGCCGAGGGCGAGAGCGGAUUCUUCUCGAUCAGCUCCUUCCAGGAAGUCGGUCUGCCGCCUUCAACGGCCGCGCCGAUCACGCCCGUUAAGGGCUGCCACACGGAAGUAGGCUUGCCGGAAGUGCCUCUCGACAAGGCCAGGCACCGACGGUGGUCCUCCACACCGGCUGAAAUCCAGGCGCUCUUCAAGCAGCAUCGGGCGAGCUUCGGCGGGACGCCGCAAACCGCUACCGAAUCCGUCAGCGUCUGCUGGGUUUGAGUCCUGCGGAAUAUGAUCGCGCCGAAUACGAUCCCACCGCAUACGAUCGUCAUGGUCUCCGCGGAAUUCCGCAGACUAGAUUCGCUCGAAAUCACGAGCCAGACUUACAUGAUCGAUUUUCAGGAAUAAUAUUUAGAUAGAUCGAUAGGGAAUAUUCAAGUAUAAGCAAUAAGAUUGUAAAUACUUCCUACUCGCAGUCGUGCGGUCUCUUUUCUUAUGUUAAUGAGAUAUGAAAUAGAAUCAUAUUAGCGUUGAUAUAGCAAUCUAUAGUAGCUGCGAUUCGUUUGAUAGAGAAAAUGAAUCGAAAAUACAUGAAACAUAUGUUUCAUCGCUAUGCGGAACGAUACCGAUGCAUGUAUGUAAUUUGUUUAUAAUGUUCUCGAGAUGUGAUUAUGUAUCUCGAAGUAUUAAUUAAUGUAUGGAAAAUUAAGAAUUUAUACAAUAUGCCUGCGUAAUCGAAUUUCGUAGAUAAUGCGGGGGCCAUUCUAUAAGUAUAGAAAAGAAGAAUACUGUACUUUUGAUAUUUUGUAAUCAGCCAUAUCUCUCAUAGUUUCGUGGAUUCCGUGCAUAUCAAUAUCGAUGAAACUUUGCGCGUCUAUCGAUGACUUAUGUAGUUUCGUUCGUUUGGAAAUUUAGAGGCGAUUUUGAAAACCUGUUAAGUACGUUCUGCGAAUGACGAUCGUUCACCAUUUUUGAACGUAAUUGAUCGUUUAAUUAGUCAUUAUUUAAUAAAUUAAAUCGUUAUUUGAUUUGCAUGUGUUGAUUUUAUCUAAUUUUCAAAAGUAACGAGAAAGUAACUUUAAUAAUUUAUACUACUGUAUUGCAAAAUAUAGUUUAAGUUAAUAUAAUUUGAUUUAUUAAACGCGUGUAUAUAACACAAUUUAGAUUUGGAAGAGAAUGCGAGAAAGAUACACGCGCAAAAGAGAAUCUUUUCUAUUUUAAUCGAUAAAUUGAAAUCUGCCAGAAAUGCUUUUUUUUGCAAGAACCUAUAUUUUGCAUUAUGUCUCUCUCUGUUAUUUCAUCUUUCCAUCUUUUGUGCAUAUUAAGAUAUACCAUGGUAAGAUAUUUUUAGUUUACCUACAGCUAUGUUACUUAAUUAUCGAAAUCGAUUUGUUCGCAUACGACAAUUGUAAUAAUAAUUGUUUAAUUUAUUUCACGACAUUCAAUUUUUGACAUUCUUCGAAAUUAAUAAGUAAAAGCUAUAACUCUCACAACUUCUCUCUCUGUGUUUACUACAUAAGGCUGCGUACUGUAAUUCACGAGAGGCAUAUCAUAGGCAACAUAUCAUUUUAUGUAAUGGAAAUCACGCGUGAUCUGAGACUAUCAUAGUUCUAGAAUUUGUAAUGCUGUUCUCCGUAUAUUUCUCAUCGUUCGUAAUUUGUCGCAUUAUCAUUCUAAUUAUAUAAAACAGCUGAAUAUCGUA